ACGCAUGCGCAGACUGCCCCACCGCUCUACCAGCCGCAGGCCUCCUUCUACAGGCAUGCGCUUUACGGCUGCUGCAAAACGCGCGCCCCGGCCGACGCUACGGCGCGCGGCGGCAGCCCAGAAAAGCAAAGAAAUAAUACGCACUCUGAAAAGAUGAAAAAGACUGAGCUGCUUUCGAGUGAUAAUCAAGUGAGCCCUGAAGACUAAUGCAGAGAAUUAAUAAGAACGUGGUUUUGGCUCUUCUUACUUUGACAAGUUCAGUGUUUCUCCUGUUCCAGUUGUACUAUUAUAAGUACUACUUAUCUCCAAAGAAUGGAGCUGUUUUUUCAAAAGUUAAAGGAAGCCAGUCAGGACAAGAUGGCAUACAGUGGCACGUGAUUAAGAAAUUCCUUGGUUUAGUGUCCAGUCACAAUGUACCAGUGUAUCUCAUUGAUCCUUUGGUUCUGGGAUUAAUUCAGAAAGACUAUGAACAGCUCAGCAGCUCUUCUGAUGGCAUGAGCCCAGAAUGCAAGUAUUUCUGUGCUGCACGGGACUUCACCACAUUUGCAUUACUGGACAAAACAUGGAAACAUGAAGUGAGCUUGUUUAGGGCUGCUGAAAAAAUGGGGUUCCAGUGGCUAAAGAUACAGAACAAAGACCCCCGUUUGGAAGGGAUGGAUGACCUCUCUGGGAUUGAAAUUCCCCUCCACUAUAUCUUCAAACUGGCAGCUCAUGCCAUCCACCUGGUGGUAUUUUAUGAGAGGAAUGGUAACUAUGUCUGGCAUGGCCCAUUGCGGCUGAAGCAAAACAUAGACAGAAAGUUUGUGCCUUUCCGAAAGCUACACUUUGGUCGCUACGCUGGAGCUUACAACAAGCCAGAAGUACUACAACUUUCCAUUGAUGACUUAAAAGUUCAGAUUCCAAAAAAUCUGUCCCAAUUUCUAGAGGAGAUGUCACACUCUAGGUUUCUUGAAUGUAGGUACAGAGAAGCUCGGGCAUUCUUUCAGCUGUAUCCUGAUGAUGCCUCUCUUGAUGCAGUGGAGUUUAGGAAAAAAGCAAAAGCAUUGCUGCAUCUGGCUGCCCUGACAUUAAAUAACUUAGGAGUGAGGUUCUGGCUGAGCAGUGGAACAUGCCUUGGCUGGUAUAGACAGUGUAAUAUUAUUCCCUAUAGCAAAGACGUGGAUUUGGGGAUCUUCAUACAAGACUAUAAAUCUGAUAUUAUUCCAGCAUUUCAGAAGGCAGGACUACCACUGAAGCACAAGUUUGGCAAGGUAGAAGACAGCUUGGAACUCUCCUUUCAGGGAGAAGAUGAUGUGAAACUUGAUAUUUUUUUCUUCUAUGAAGACGAUGACCACAUAUGGAAUGGAGGAACUCAAGCCAAAUCGGGCAAGAAAUUUAAGUACCUGUUUCCCAAGUUUUCACUGUGUUGGACUGAGUUUGUAGAACUCAAGGUACAUGUGCCUUGUGAAACCCUCCGAUAUGUCGAAGCCAACUACGGCAAGGACUGGAAGGUACCUGUGAAGGUGUGGGACUGGAAAAGCUCUCCAUCCAAUGUGCAGUACAACGGGAUGUGGCCUGUUGAUGAAUGGGAUGAUGUCAUUCAAGUCUACUGAUCACAUGGAUGUAACCAGGAUUUGUUUGGUACCAUCGGACCUAUCCAUGCUUAAUUUCCCUCACCCCAAGAUGUCGAGAUCAGUUUUCUGAUCAGUUUUCAUCCAUUUCCUAAGAAGAGCUUGAAUCUUUAUUGGCAUAAUAGGUGGUAUGUGUACUUCUCGCAACACUUGUAUCUGGCAGUCUCUGUGACAGCUAAAGGAAGAGAAUGAAGGUAGUAUGUGUGAACUGCGAUGACUAGCUGAGAGGAAAGAUGUACAAAAGGAAUAUAAGAAAGACUGAAGUGGGAAUAUAGAUAGGAAAAAAUUAAAUUUGAACCCAGACCAAAUGGCUCAGCAUGCUUUGUCUCAUGGGGGGAAAUUCAGCACUGAAAUACUAGAGUGGUGGGCACCAUAGAAAUACCUUACACAGAUAGAUAAAUUGAUCUAAAGCAUCCCCUAGCGGUUGUGGCAGUCAGUCUGACUUCAGAGGUCGCUGGAAUGUUGUCCAGUUACUCAGAGCAGGAGUGACUGCUUUGUGAAGGGGCACAACUAAGAUAGUGAGGGAUACAAAGGUAGCCCUGGAUGAAGAGGUGGGGUAAGACACUGACGAGUCCUAUCCACAUCAGAGGAGGUGUGGACUUUCCUAAUAUCAUGCCCUUGGGAAAACCUGAGCUUGGGGUUCAGUUAACAAAAGUAGAGACAUUUUCUAUUAACCACUUUAUGUAGCUAUGUCAGGGAAUGCUAUCUACUGUUUAUUUUUUAACAUGGAGCCAUAUGCUACAGGGGGACACUUCGUAUAAAAGGAGAGUCCAGAAUUCUGGUCUUUGAUGCUCUAAACCAUGGGUCUCAAGUAACCUGGGAGUUGUAAACAGAUUUUAUAGGGUCAUAAUCACCCUCCCUUUCUUUAGCGUUAGAUAGGAGUGGAGUCCUGAAACUUCUUUAUUGUUGUAACCUGGGGUCAUGGUAUGGAGGAGGUUGAGAAUCACUAUCCUCAUGUUUUGAGUGUAAACCCCAGGCUGUUAAUUUGUAUAAAGCGGCCAACUCCUCCCUCAGAUUUACAACAGUGUAAUCUAAAGGCUACUGCUGGUGUGUCACUGGAUUGAAAAAUCUCACAACUGUAUCUUCUCUCAUUACUACUUGCAUUUUUGGUCAGUACAGUAAACUUUCUUGUAUUUCGUUUUCGGGAGGGAUUGCUGAAUAAUAGCUUCUGUCUGAACCUGUGCUUGAAUCCAUUUAGCGAGAUGGAUCUCGAGUAUUCCCAAAGUGAAGUCAGUGAAGCUAAAUGACCCUGAUUUGUUCAGUUCCUUCUCAGUGGGCAAGUCGAGAGUUCUGGGGUUGUUAAUGAAAUAUGAAUACCAAAUGUACUGGCACUAACCCUGGAGCACUCAUGGUGCCAAUGUCAAGGAGUUAAGCAGUUUUGAUGCUUUCAUAUCUGUGUAUAAUAAGGCUGUAGUCCAGAUUUCUUUCCUGGAGUAUGAUGGUUAUCUACAAGUCACAGUUUUUUUUGUCAGUUACUGGCAAUAGGACAAAUCUUUGUUUUGUAUUCAGUUGAUACAUAAAUACUGAAUUUUCCAGGUAUUUGUAUCCAAGUUAAUACAGUUUUGAGUAGCUAACACAGCUGAAUCUGAGUGACUGUUUUACUGCUGUAUCAUUCCAGGUGCACUCUGGGGCUUCGCUGGUAUUUACAGAGUGCACGACACACUUCAUUCCUGCCAGCCCUCCUAGUUCCAGAACUCUCCUGCCACUGAAUACUGCAGUAAAUAAUUCAGAAUUUGGCAAGUACUUUAAAAAAUGGAUUUGUCACAUCCUUAAUUACUACUGGCUUUUUAAACACUACAAAAACGUUGGUGUUUUUUGUCAAAUUGGGGAGGGGAAGAGGUUAAAUCCUAGUAAUGUUUUUACUUGAUGAGAUGAGGCACUGAGUCUGGGAAGGGAUGAGUUUUCAUGUGGUACUUUUUGCAUUCUUUUUUGUUGUUGUUGCGUACGGCCUAAAGCUAAUCUCCUUUUGAUGGUUUUAUUAUUCAGAGCUCUGUGUUAAGCAGCACUAUGCUAUUAAAUAAGGUACCGUUGCUCUCUGGUUUUGGAAUGGAAAGAUAAGAUGGUGUCAGGAUAGAAAAUGUGCAAUCCUGUCACAAGUUUGUGAUUUUAUAUUUGUAAGUGGAAAGGCUAGUAGCAAAAACAAAAAUGCUCAUCCCCUAAGCAGAAUAGAAUGUUUUAAAUAUCUGACUGCAAUACUGUAUAUAUGUGUGUGUGUGUUUAACUUAUUGUCCAGGCUGUUAAAAUCUUCAGAAGAAAUGUAUUAUUUAACACUGACUACGGCCAUGUCUACACUACCACUUAUGUCGACAAAACUUAUGUUGCUCAGGGUGUGAAAAAAACACCCCUAGAAGCAACAGAAGUUUCACUGGCCUAAGUGCCAGUGUGCACAGCGCUGUGUUGGCGGAGAUCUUUUCCCGAUGACAUUGCUACUGCCGCUUGUUGAUAUAGUUUUAGUAUGUCUCUGGGAGAGCAGCUACUCCAGCACUCUGACAGUGGUGCAGCUGCAUCGGCACAGCUGUGCUGCUCUGAGCUCGCUAGUGUAGACAAGGCCUGAAUGAAUGAGUUUAAUUUUCCACUCAAUCUGCUAAUGGUACAAUUACGUUUUGUUAUCUAGGGCAGCAUUUUUAACAUACUGUUCAGUGUUACUGUGGAAUAAUUUGAAGAGGAAUGUUUUUGAUCUUUGUUUUUCUAAACUGUUUAUUGACCAUGUUUACCUGAAGCUUUUAUUUUAAUAAACUCUAUGAAAACAA